CCUCUCUUCUCUCUUUCUCUGUCUUUCUGUCCCACUCUGCUUCUCUUUCCCUUUCUCUCGGUGGCUACUCUCGAUGCCCUCGACAUCUCUGCGGAAGUCGCGUGUAUGAAGGUUUUUCGCGUACGUGGACAUCGUCGGCGACGGACGCGAAGUGAUUCGUAUAUUAGAAUGCCAUUGCCGGGGAUACAAAUCUUGCGCGUCAUUAUGCAAUAGAUGUGCAGCUGACCGUAGAGAAGUGUCGUCUCCUCUUCUGCUCUUUCGACAACGAGGACGGCGGUAAUGCUGCGCGGCAUGUUUGUAUCUUUGUUUUCCGAUACCGUGCCACGACGAGGAAACGUUGCCGCUACCGUUGCCGUUGCCGCCGCUCAUUUGCUUUUCUAUAUUUCGCGACGGAUAAUCACGUGGGAAUGCGUCAGCCGAUGCUAGGCGUACCUGUUAUUAAUCUUUGUAACGCGUAUAUUCGGUAGUGUUGUCUAGUGUACCUAUGUAUGUGGCUCACUUUUUUCCGGUAUCGUGGCGUUCGAAACUCGCACCACCUUUUCGAAUGUAAUUUUUCUUAUUCGUUCGGUUCUCUGCACCUAAUUCCGUUCCUUGAAGCUUUCCUCAGAUUGUUUCACUUCAAACUUCUUUCACGUCAACGUUUUCCAGUUCCGACGCGCACCGACUUUUUUAAUAACGCGUUAUUAUCGUUCACCGGCAGUCUCUUACCGCUUCGGAUUACACGACGUUCGAUGUUCGCCGCUCGAAACUAGUGAUCCAACGCUGGAGCAUACAUAAUAUCCCCGUGGGAAGAACAAGCUCUCUCGCAUUUCUGACGUUCCUCUAAUGUUAUCUCGCGUGCUUGGAUACUGCUUUGGCAAGAAACCUUACUCCGAGUGCUCUGCGAUUUUAAAUAUGCUUCCAUUGAGCACGCGAAAAAUACAAGAUUAGUUAAUGUCAUCGAUUGGCUUCAAAUGUAUCAGUGGAGAAACUAACCAUUAUGGAUACAGAAAAGACUGUUGAAACAACAUAGUGUUGUUGAGAAAUGAAUAAAACAUAAGGAGGAUUACAAGAAGAAAGAAGUAAAUCAUAAAGAAGACGCUGAUCUGGGCAAUAAGGAUAUAUAAUAAAAGCACAAGACAAUAUAUUAGUAAUGGAUGAAUGGGAGUGAGUACAGUGCACGUGAAGUGCAGGUGUGGGUGUGCACGGGGGGAGCCUCUGGAUGUCGAGGCCGCAGCACUGGCAGUGUCAGUGGCAGUGAUGGCCCCUGCUCUGACGGAAGGCGGUCCUCAAAAGCCUGAAAAUUUGCUCCCUUCCCUUCCAGCUGGUGGGUUCCUUUCCCCAGAGCAGGCUGCACAAGUCUGUCAGAAUCGUGAAAUUCUGGCUAAAUUUGUUGUCUCUGCAAACGUUCAACCAUCAAAGAUCGACGAGCAGUGUUUACAUGGUAUAUCUAAGGAUCUUAUUCGUGAUGUCAUCAAUUCAAAAUAUGCUAAUGAUCUUGAUAGUUUGUCUACAUUUACGCACGGAUCUGACUUGAUUACAAAGAAGGCAUUAAUUAAAGAGGACUGCGAGCGACGAGAUACUCUGGACAAUCCAGAAAAAAAGGAGAUUGACAUUAUAAUGAACGACCCAUCUAUGGGUGAUCAAGCGGACAAUAUGGGUUUCUUAAAAUCAAGCGCAGACUUGCCUUUGGUAGGCUCAGAAGUUGCAGGAGACAAUAAAAAUCUGGACGUGGAUCAAAUAAUGGCCUUUAGUACUGAUAUAACUGCGGAUACUGAACAAUGCAACAUAGGCAAUGUCAGCGAUAUUGGGCAGAAUGUAGAAGAAAUUUUGCAAGUUAUUAAAUCUAUCGAAGGAGUAGAAAAUGCAGAAAACAUAUCUGCGGGUGUUAGUGAAACAGUGCCAAGCACUGUGGAUGGUGUAGAGAUGUUUUCUAUACCUGAGGAAGGAUUUCCUUCUUUUGCACGGGACUUACUUAACGAUGUUGAUGUCAUGAGUAUUUGCAACAACAUGAAUAUUGCAGAAACUGUGGACCAACCGAAACCUAACAAUUUAAAACUACAACAAGAUAUUGUUGCUCAGAAACAAUUUCAGAAUGAGAGGAGGUGUGCAUUUCUAUUAAGAAGACUGAGGAAGUUGCAGGCAAGAAUAAUAGGCAGGCAUGUAGCGGAAGAAAAUACAGGAGUUCUGGAACUUGCCCAUCAUGGAGUGAAAAAAUAUCUGUUUCAAGAAUUGGUUAAUAUCGGUUCUAAAUCUAAUGUUAGAAACUUUCCUGAAAUUAAUAGUAGUUUGAAUUCAUUUUUGCAAAAAAUUGAGAAAAUGUGUGUUGCUCAGAGCAAUAGUGUGAAUCGACAGCGAUUAUGUUGCCGAUAUUUUGGUGGUGGAUCACGUGACAGUUUAGGUGGUACUUCUGGCACUAAUGGCAACCGUCAGCCAGUGUUUGGUGCUCCCCAAAUUAAAGUUAAAGGUGAUGAAGUGGAAAACAUGGCUGGACCUUUGGCAACGCAAUUGCAUAUUGUAGAAUCUAAUCUUGACUCCGAUUGUACCGCAUCUAGUAGUGGUGGAGAAAGUUGUGAUGAAAUGCAGUCAUUUAAUAAUCCACAUCAGCAACAUUUAUCUAUAUCAAAAAGAGCAGCAUGGAGGUAUGCUCAAGAUCGUGCAGGGGUAGCUGCAAGAUGGACAUGGUUGCAAGCACAAAUAUCAGAUUUGGAAUAUAGAAUUAGGCAACAUAAUGAAUUGCAACGACAUAUUAGAGCUAAUAAGGGAUUAGUGAUACUUGAUAAUACAGAAACAGUAAACGGGUAUAGUGGCGUUUUACCAGGUUCCACAGGACGUUAUAAUUCACCAGAAGGUGAAUUAUCAGCUAGUAGAACACGACCAUUUGUGUGGAACUUUUAUAGAAAGAGGAAACUGUUACAAAUAGACAGGUUACAUGAAGUCUCGAAACGAGCAGCAAAAGCAUCAACAGUAAGAUGCAAUUGUGAUAAUGUAUUACCUCCAUGUGCUUUGUGUACUGGAAGAUUGGAUCCAAUGCAACCGCAGGAACCAAUUGAACAAAUGUCUAUACAAGAACGAGUUGCACUUGUCGAUUCUAGUUAUCAUCCUGUGUUGUCAUUUACUGAUGAAAUUACCCAAGGAACUCAUCUUGAAGCGAUUAUGAAAUCAGUGGAAUGGCAACAAAAAAUGCUAAGAGGAAAUUUACGAAUUACUCGGUUGAAGGAUAAAGAUAGUAAUGAGAGAAGGAAUAAAAAACUUCCAGGACAUAGAGCAAAAUAUGCUGCCCGGUUAAGAAAGUCAUCUUCAAGUAUUCUGACUGCAAGAAUCAAGAGAAAGAUGUUAAAGGGGAAAAGAAGUAGACUUGGACACGAUAGAAGUGUUCAUAGUUUGAGUAGAAAAAGGGUGCAAAAAUUGCCAACUGAAGAUGAUGAUGAUAUUAGCGCACUUUCCAGCUCUAGUAAACAUUCAUCUCCAGUGCCUUCUCCUUUGCACCAUACUACUACUUCUACAGAGAAAAAUACUGUUAAAGAGAAGAGUUCCACUUCUCAUGGGCGUUUAAGGCAGAAUUCAUAUGAUAUUGACAACAUUGUUAUACCAUAUAGCGUAGCUGCUUCAACUAGGCUUGAAAAAUUACAAUACAAAGAAAUAUUAACACCAAAGUGGAGGUUAUGCGAGGAACCUUCGAAAUUGGAUAUUAAGAAUGGCGUUAUGCAUAGGCCUAGUCAAGACAGUGAUUUUGAAGAUAUGUCGGAUGAAACUAUUGCUUUGAGGCAUGAACGCAGUGAAAGAGAAGAAAACAAACGCUUUAUGACAUACCUGAACAUGCCACAUCAGUCACGUAUUCGCCAUAAUCGUAGAACGGAUAGUCGAGCGGACAGCGGUGCAAAUACACCAGAUCCUAUGUCUCCACACGCAAGUGAUUUUGGUGGAGAUAUGAUGUCACCGAUUACAUCGCCUCCUGCGACUCCUUCUCAAGUUCAAGAUUCAGAACAUCAACAUAACUCUGAUACACAUCGAUCAUCUGCUUUACAAAAUGCGUUCCGACGUCGUACUACACCUACAUUAAGAUUAGGAAAGGAUGAUACGAGUACAUCGGUGAAUGAAGAUGAAAAUGAGAUUUUGCCAUACGAACCAAGGGUAUUUCCAUUAUCUGAAGAAGUUUAUGACAAAAUGCUGGAAGUAAUGCCAGAUGGGCAUUGGCAAGCUUCGUCAGCAUCUCUAUGCUCCCGAGAAGAAGAAAAAGCAGAUGAUGAUGGGGAAAUGGAUUGUCCAGAAUCAGAUUCAACGGAAUCAGCUUGUUGUGACAUAGAAGGUGAGGAUCCUAAUGAUCCUGAAUGGACAGUAGCUGACGAUAGGGAUACUGAAAAGGAACGAAUACGUCCGACGGCUAAAAGAUAGGAUAAAAUCUUUAAUAAAUACAAUAUGUCUACGUCGUCGUUACUAUAUGCAGAAGCUACCUGUCAAUUGUUAUAUAUACCAGUCGGUCAUGUAAUAUGCACCUUAAGUUAAUGGUAUUACGAAUCUGUAAAGUGUAUUAUAAAUAUAAAUUUUAUAACUUCAUUCUGCUUAAAUCAAUGGAAAACCUUAACGAUUGCUUUUUAAGUAUUGCUAUUUCGGCCAAAGCAUUAGAAUAGUAUAUCAAUCCUUUUAUUUAGGAUAAGGAUAUUGUUAUAUUUUUCUUUCACUGUUACAAAUAAUAACAGGGCAUAGUCCUUUAAAAGUUAGAAUCUCGUAUGAACAGAAUUAGAUAGUUUUAUACACACAUAUUAAAAAAUAUUUAGUAAAAAAAAUGAAAGUGUAUUUAUAUUAUAAUCAAAUCCUUAUAUUAAAUAAAAGUGCCAACUGAAAUGUUCUGUAACAUUACCCUUCGACGUUGCAUUAUUUCUAGUUGCGAAAUAAGUUUAUUGUAACAUAAUCGAGAACUACCCGACCAGAAUUCAAUUAUUACGAACACUUAUAAUUUAUUGUGUGUCCCUAUUAUUGUGUAUAACUACUACGCUUCGAUAUUUGUCUUCUGUUAUUAUUAUUAUAUUAUUAUUAUUAUUAUUUCUUGAAAUGAUUUCAUAAUUUUUGCAUCUCAUGUAACAGUCAAAAACAGUUUACAUAUAGACUCUUUAAAUAAUAUGUACAUACAUAAUUAUCUACAUUCACUUCACGAUUUUGUUCACAAAAUGCAGAGAUAGAACUAUCAAUUUAUGAACAAAUAAUACACUCAUUUCACUUUAGUUAUUGUAGAUAAGUGAAACAUUGAAAUUGGUUUAAAUUUCGGCAUUAAAGUAUUAUCUCAUAUUCUGUAUUUUGACUGUUAUGUUCUUACUACUUAUAAUUUAUGUAGCAUGACUUCAUGUUUAUUUAAGAAACAAGUUCAUUGUUUAAAAUCUCAUGUCACUGUGAUUUCGCGAUUUUUUAACAAUCUGUGAUAUUACAUGUAAUUUCUUUCUUAUUACAUUCUUUAUAUUUAGUCGAGCAUACAUAUAUUUAAACGUCGUGUGCUUAGAUUUUGUACAUCACAUUUUGAAUAAAGAUGAAUAGGCAGUAAUGGAAUUUAUUUUUCUUUGUAGAAUUUUAUUUUUCAGUUUUUA